AUGGAGGAGAAUCCACCAGAGUGGUUUGCACAAGCCAUGGAGUCGGUUACGUCAGUACUUUCCAAGUGGUACUACGCAGUUCCCAUAUACUUCGUGAUAGUGAUCAUCGUCUUCGUCGUUUGCUGGUGGAUUAUUACUCGACCUUUCCACCAGAGGAGGGCUCGGUCAGCUGGUGCUCCUGAAACUUCGGGAGUCCCGGCGGCUGCAGUUGUGGUGGGCCCGCGACUGAGCCGCAAGUUCAAAGACGUAGGCGAUUCAGAAGGAACGACGAGCUGCACCAUCUGUCUGGAUGAAUUCGAAGAUGAAGAUAGGGUUGAUACUCCGUUUCACUGCAAACAUGUUUUCCACAGAGAUUGCAUCGAUUUGUGGAUCGGGAAUAGCUUUUCUUGCCCUAUUUGCCGCAGCUUCGUGAAGAGCAUUUUACGGAGACAAUGA